CCCGGCGCUCCCGCUCACCCUGCCCUGCCCGCGGCGGCCACGAUGGAGCCUCUGUUCCCGGCCUCCCCACUGACCAGCUGGAAUGCCUCCUCGGCAGCCACAGGCAGCGGCGACGAGAAUGGGACGCUGGCGGGGCUGGUGCCCUCACCGGGCGCCCGGGCGGUGGUGGUGCCCGUGCUCUACCUGCUGGUGUGCACAGUGGGGCUGGGCGGCAAUGCGCUGGUCAUCUACGUGGUACUGCGUCACGCCAAGAUGAAGACGGUCACCAACAUCUACAUCCUCAACCUGGCCGUGGCCGACGUGCUCCUCAUGCUGGGGCUGCCCUUCGUGGCCACACAGAACGCCAUCUCCUACUGGCCCUUCGGCCCCGUGCUCUGCCGCCUGGUCAUGACGCUGGACGGCAUCAACCAGUUCACCAGCAUCUUCUGCCUGACCGUCAUGAGCGUGGACCGCUACCUGGCCGUGGUCCACCCCAUCCGCUCCGCCCGGUGGCGCCGCCCUCGGGUGGCCAAGCUGGCCAGCGCCACGGUCUGGGCCUUUUCUCUGGUCAUGUCACUGCCGCUGGUGGUGUUUGCAGACAUCCAGGAGGGGUGGAACACCUGCAACCUCAGCUGGCCAGAGCCUGUGGGCCUGUGGGGUGCUAUCUUCAUCAUCUACACGUCCGUGCUAGGCUUCUUUGGGCCGCUGCUGGUCAUCUGCCUGUGCUACCUGCUCAUCGUGGUGAAGCUGAAGGCGUCGGGCAUGCGCGUGGGCUCCACGCGGCGGCGCUCAGAGCGCAAGGUGACCCGCAUGGUGGUGGUGGUGGUGCUGGUGUUCGUGGGCUGCUGGCUGCCCUUCUUCAUCGUCAACAUCGUCAACCUGGCCUUUGUGCUGCCCGAGGAGCCCGCCUCCGCUGGCGCCUACUUCUUUGUGGUCGUGCUGUCCUAUGCCAACAGCUGUGCCAACCCCUUGCUCUACGGCUUCCUCUCCGACAACUUCCGCCAGAGCUUCCGGAAGGUUCUGUGCCUCCGCAAGAGCUACGGCACUGAGGACGCGGAUGCCACGGAGCCACGGCCGGCCCAGAGCAGCCGGCUGCAGGAGGCCAUGCUGCCCGCACGCAGCUGCGAGGCCAACGGGCUCAUGCAGACCAGCAAGCUGUGAGCGUGGAGGCCGCGGGAGGGGACCCCGGGAGAGGCCGUCCUGGGUGUGUGGAGCGGGGGCAGGUGAGGGUACAGGAACCCACUGCCACCUCUUCUGCUUUCCUUCCCGGAGAAGGAGGGGGACUGGAGCAGAAGAGGAGAAAUAGCCAGACAGCAGUGGGGGGAGCGGCCUCCCAAGGCAAACAGCAGACUGGAGAGGCCAGGCCGAGUGGGGCGUACGCAGAUGCCAAACCCUGGAGGAAUUCGGCUUCCUGUCCUCUCCACCCCCGAGAAAUGCGCUCCUCCCACCCCCCAGGCCCGAAAACGGGUCCCAGAGAAGAUGCCCUGGCAGCCUCGCUGGGAAAGGCCUUGGGCUCCCUGGUGCUUGGGCCUCUUUGCGAGGCUGGAAGGAGAAGAGCCAGAAUGUGGGGGUCACUCACCCGCAAGCCCCCAUCUGAGACAGCCCUGCCCAGUGCCGCCCCCAACUCAGUUGUCCUCAGUUGUCCCAGAGCAGGAUGCCGACACCAGGAGGGUGCGGGGAGCAGGCAGAGCCGUGCUGAGCAGGGGAAAGCCUGGGUCAGCGCUACCUGGGCCUCGGCACGGACCCCAGACA